AUUCAACUCAACCUGAGUGCUACGUUUAUUUUUGUUGUCGUUUGUAGUGAAAUUGCAUUUGAAAUGCAAUUAAAAUUAGAAUAAUUUGUAAAUUUGUGUUAAAAAUACUCGAAAUAAUGUUGCCAGGUGUUGGAGUUUUUGGAACGGGUGCAAUAACUAAAGUAUUGGUGCCUAUUUUACGUGAAAAGGGCUUUGAAAUUAAAGCAUUGUGGGGUCGUACUCUACGCGAAGCAGAAGAAGUAGCCACAGCCCAAAGUAUUGCUUUCUACACAAAUAAAAUUGAUGAUGUUUUGCUACGCAAAGAUGUAGAUUUAGUAUUUAUUGUAUGUCAACCGUAUUUACAUGCAGAAAUUUCUGUAAAGGCCUUGGGCAUCGGCAAGCACGUUGUAUGUGACAAGCCGAUGGGCCUUAACCAGGCCGAUGCCAUGAAAAUGGUCAGAGCCUCACAGUAUUAUCCGACAUUAAUUUCGCUGGUUAAUCAUUCAUUACGAUUUUUGCCAGCAUUUACCCACAUGAAGAGAUGUCUACAAGACGGCGUAAUUGGACCUCUGAGCGAUAUUUCUUUGGUGGAUAUAAGGGUGCAAUUGGGGUCGCUAUUUCCUGACAAGUUCGAUUGGAUGUGUGAUGCGGCCAUGGGUGGAGGGGCCCUAAAUUUGGUGGGCAGUCAUGUAGUUGACUUAGUAAGCUUUCUAUUGCAUCAACAUGCUGUACGAGUGCAUGGUGUCGUCAAAGCUUAUACAAAGACCACAACAAAUGUCAAUGGCAUACGACAGAUAUCAGCGCCUGACUUCUGCAAUUUUCAAAUGGAACUUGCAAAUGGCACUUUAAUAACAACAUCAAUACAUAGUCACACGGUUCCGGCCAAAACGUUUUCUCAAGAAGUUUUGAUAUGCGGCAGUCAAGGACAUUUGUCGGUCCGAGGAGGUGAUUUGUUUGUGUUUAAACACAAACCUGAAGCCCAACUAAAAGAGGAGGCUGUUUAUGUGGAUGUUCAAGAUUUGCACAUUGCCACCUCAGACUCACUACUACCACGGCUGUACAUCAAAGGCUUAUGUAAAAUGAUUGGUGCUCUUAAAGAAUCAUUUGCUGGCAAAGAAUCUUCAUGGGUCAAGGAACCCGUUCAAGCGGCAGCUACUUUCGAGGACGGCCUUUACGUGCAGGCUGUUUUAGAGGCAAUACGAAAGUCGAGCGAAUCUAAGGCCUGGCAAAGGGUGCAAAUUACUUCAGACAAUCCAUCAAAUCAUGAUCAAAUAAUGCGUUUCGCCAGAAUGUCUACAAUGUAAGGCUCAGCAAACAUAAUUAUAAUUUGCCGAGAUUAAUUUAAUUUUAAACUUUCAAAUUGUUUUACAAACACGUUGAUGGAAUGUGAACAAUUUUUUAAAGUAUUUUCUAUUUCAAUAAAUGAACAAAUUUUUUUUAAGAUUG